GAUCCGGUAUCAUAUUCGAUUCGUGUCCGAAAACCCGAACCGGAAUCACGUUCAAGAUGGCCACUUCCACGGCAGAUGAAGAGUUCGAAUCGAUGGAACCUUCUCUUCGAAAUAUAAUUGACCAGAAAUCACUGAAGUGGGUCUUUGUCGGAGGCAAAGGUGGUGUUGGUAAAACGACAUGCAGUUGUAGCCUGGCCGUCCAGCUAUCCAAACACAGGGAGUCGGUCCUGAUCAUCUCCACUGACCCCGCCCACAACAUCUCCGAUGCCUUUGAUCAGAAGUUCUCCAAAGUCCCUACCAAGGUCACAGGUUUCCAGAAUCUCUAUGCAAUGGAGAUCGACCCUAACCUCGGUAUAGGUGAUCUUCCAGACGAUUACUUUGAAGAAGACAAUCCCUUAUCUGUAGGUAAGCAUGUCAUGCAGGAAUUACUGGGUGCCUUUCCUGGUAUCGACGAAGCCGUCAGCUUUGCUGAAGUCAUGAAAUUGGUGAAAAACAUGAACUUCUCAAUCGUAGUGUUUGACACGGCACCGACCGGUCACACACUCAGGCUCCUAUCCUUCCCAUCAUUGGCCGAGAAAGGACUUACCAAACUUCUCAAACUCAAAGCACAGUUCAACCCUUUCAUUCAACAGAUUGGUGGUAUGUUAGGGAUGGCAGACUUCAGUGCAAACGACAUGUUAUCUAAACUAGAGGAGACUGUGCCUGUUAUAAGGAGUGUCAACGAGGCUUUCAAAAAUGCUGAUCAAACUACAUUCGUGUGCGUAUGUAUAGCAGAGUUCUUGUCUCUGUACGAGACAGAGAGAUUAGUCCAGGAGCUAGCCAAGUUUGGAAUCGACAGUCAUAAUAUCAUCGUCAAUCAGCUCCUGUUCCCAGACGAUGUCCGGAGCGCAUCCCAAUGCAAGAUGUGUCAGUCAAGAUACAAGCUGCAGCAUAAAUAUCUAGAACAGAUUGAGGACCUUUAUGAAGACUUUCACAUCACUAAGCUGCCAUUGUUUGAGCACGAGGUGCGAGGGCAAGAUAGAGUCCUUGAGUUUUCGUCAAAUCUCGUCGUUCCAAGGCCUGCUUCCAUGUUCACCAAGAGCGCCUCUACCACCUAGCAAGGUCACAUGCUAUUUGUCAUUGUUUGUCUCUAAUUGUCAUGUUUAACACAACGUAACCAGAUAAAUCGUGUGUACAUUAACGCCCUGGGGGGUGCUUCACAAAGAUCCUAAGUUGAACUUAAAAGUCCACUCCAAAAAUAACUUAGUUACAAUUACAAAAUCAACUUUUUUUUAUUGGUUUGUCUGAUUUUUCUGCUUCUAUUGAAAGUAAGUUAUUUUUGGAGUGGACUUGCCAUUUUUGUGCUUACAGGGCCUGUUCCAUAAAAAAUUGACUUGCAAUUAAUCAUAAAAUUCUAUUUCUCCCUCAUUUCUGCCACAGUUGAUUGUAUCUCUCUAUGAAUUUCAUCUUUCUGAAACAUAAAAUUGAAUGUAAGUUAUUAUUGAUUGUAAAGAUUUGAUUUAUUGAAAGAUAUCUACGAUUCAUUAUUGGGGAGAAACGACUCAAUCAUUAUAACCCCCUAUUCUUUAUGUUAGGGGCACGGCCUCAUGAUGAUGAUGCCAGAGUAGGCUUAUGAGUGCAUUAGGGAUAUUUCCAGCACUGUCAAAUGCUUAUGAAUACAAUAUUAGUUUGAUUCAGUUUUUAAUUUGUAAUGGAAAUGAAUAUGUCUUUACAACUACAAAAAAUCUACAUUGCAUUAAUAAGGUAUUAAAAGCCUAAUGUAAUACAGGCUUUGGUUUCUUGGCCAAUGCCAGGCAUUACACAAAUAUAUAUUUUAUAAUCGGCUCAUCUUAUCCAGGUGUUGUACAUACAUGUAUAUGCAAUGAAGCUGCUUGUAAUGUUUUCAUAAUGAAAGCAUUACAUGCAGGUUAUUUAAUGAUAAACCCCACUCUUAAUGUUAGUGCCUAUUGAGUCACUUGACAGUCAUUGAAUUGAAUACUUGAAUACAAAGUGAUAUACACUGACUGAAAGUGUUCUGAGUACAUGUCAAGGGGUCAGUGACACAAAGACGUAAAUCUCUUUGGCCAUUUUGAGAAAAAGUGGUUUAAAGAUAGAGGUCCACUU